GACGUGCAGUUAAAAACCGACAGACAGAGUCAUGAGAGGCUCAGAGACUCACAGAGACCAGAUAACUACAACCUGCAAGAAAGCGAUGGACGCGGCGUACAAGAGAGUAAAUGGAAACUACAGCCCGGAGGGGGAGACUGGAGAGCCGGGCACUGGGAGAAGAAACUCAUAUCUGGAGGAGGACACCAGCAGGAAGGCGGAGGUGAUCACCUGCCUCUUCUCCCUGAAGGAGGAAGUUGGAGCUUUGGCCAAAGCCCUGCGCCUCUUUGAGGAUAAGGGCAUCAACCUGACACACAUCGAGUCCCGUCCUUCACGGAUGAAUAAAGAAGAGUAUGAGUUCUUCAUCAGUGUGGAACCAAACUGCUCUCAGGCCCUGGAUGAGGUCAUCGACGGCCUACGCACACAGAUCAGCGGCCAUGUGCACGAGCUGUCCCGCAACAAGCAGAAGGACACAGUGCCAUGGUUCCCAAGGGACAUCCAGGACUUGGACCGCUUUGCUAACCAGAUCCUCAGCUACGGUUCGGAGCUGGAUGCCGAUCACCCUGGCUUCAAAGAUCCGGUGUAUAGAGCCCGCAGGAAGGAGUUUGCUGACAUCGCCUACAACUACAGACAUGGCCAGGCCAUACCCAGGGUUGAAUACACUGCGGAAGAAAAGGCCACAUGGGGAACAGUCUUCAGGGAGCUCAAGGCUUUGUACCCGACUCAUGCCUGCCGUGAACACAACCGGGUAUUCCCUCUGCUGGAGGAAUACUGUGGGUACAGGCCAGACAACAUCCCACAGCUGGAGGACGUCUCCCGCUUCCUGCAGUCAUGCACAGGUUUUCGCCUUCGCCCAGUAGCUGGUCUGCUUUCUUCCCGUGACUUCCUGGCUGGACUUGCGUUCCGUGUUUUCCAUUCCACGCAGUACAUUCGUCACGGCUCCGUGCCCACAUACACACCUGAACCGGAUGUCUGCCAUGAGCUUCUGGGGCAUGUCCCUCUGUUUGCUGACCCCCGUUUUGCUCAGUUUUCUCAGGAAAUUGGGCUUGCAUCUCUCGGUGCUCCUGAUGAGUACAUUGAGAAACUUGCUACUGUGUACUGGUUCACCAUAGAGUUCGGACUCUGUAAGCAAGGUUCGGACGUCAAAGCUUAUGGAGCUGGUCUGCUGUCAUCGUUUGGAGAGCUGAAGUACUGCCUAACAGACAAGCCCCAAAUGAAACCUUUCGACCCAGAGAAGACCAGCCAGCAGAAAUACCCGAUCACAGAGUACCAGCCGGUGUACUUUGUUGCUGAGAGCUUUGAGGAUGCCAAAGAGAAAGUGAGGAAAUUUGCUACCACCAUCCCCAGGCCUUUUUCAGUCCGCUACAACCCCUACACCCAAAGCAUCGAAGUCCUGAACAACACCCAGCAGCUGACCAACCUGGCAGAAUGCGUCCACAGUGAACUGGGAAAAUUGUGCGAAGCCCUUCGGAAACUGGAGUGACUGCUAAUCCAGCUGGACGUGAUCGCUUGUCUCCGCCUUCUAAAUGAUUGUUCAGUUUCUAAGUUUUUAAUAUUUCUUCUCGGCUUGCUUAAAAGUUAGAUACAUAAACACAGCAGUAUAUAUACUAUAUAAGGCUAGAGCAAUAUGAAAUAACAGCUGUAACUCGUAACAUAUACAGGAAGUUGUUAGGAAUGUGUUUGCUGAAGCUGGAGGUAUUUCUGUCAGUAUUACACCAGUGUGAUUUUUUUAGUGGAUUUAUUUUUCAAAAUAAAUGUAUUUCUCAGUCAACACCUUUAACUUAGCUUUGUUUAAUCUAAACCUCACAUUGAGCACAUUUUCUCUUAUGUUUUUAUUUGAUUUGUUUCUAAGCAUUUUAUUGCAAAAA